UGUUUUAUAAAGAAAAAAUAUCAGAGUUAAAGUAAUGGAGAGUAAUCUAGAUUAAUUUUAUCAGCGAGCAAUCAAGUGUGAAUGUUUAAUCUGUCACUAUUAUCUUGGGAAAACCGUAUUCUACCGAGAAUUGUUGAUUCUAACCUGCGAAUUUGAAUAUAGAUAAUUUAUCAGCAUGUCGUUUGAUCACACGCUGACCCGCUUGAGCUCAAGUGAAAGUGUUGCUUCACCUCUUCGUAAGAAAUCAAUUCUUGCACUUGCCAAUACAAAAAGCUCAACUGACGGUGUUUUGAACGAUGAUGACGCUGAGAGAAGAGAGAGACGGCGGAAAUCAGUUGUUCCCGACCAAGCAAAUUCAACUGCAGCACUUGAUUCUGCUAGUCGGAGGAAAUCGCUGGGUUUGGGAGCAUGCAGUGGGCUUUCAACUGCCCAGUUGGCUGAGCACUAUGCAAGCUGCAUUAAACUUUCUACUGAAAAUAAAAUCACAGUUAAAAAUGCCUUUAGCUUACAGCUCAUUGACUACAUGUCCAUGAUGUUAAAGCGCCAUGAUAAACAAAUGGAAGAUUUUCAGGUUGCAAGUUGCACUCUUGAUGCCAGCACUAAGAUUUAUAGCUUUAGAGUUGAUGCUGUCCAUUCAGAUGUUGUUCAAAUGGCAACUACAAUGGGUCGCUCUGAGGCAAACAGAAAAAAGAAAAAUUCUGAUGGAGAUGGUGAUGGUCCCGAUGGUUUAGAGGAUAAUGAUAAUGGUGAUGAUGGCCCAUUGGAAUCUCAAGUAUUAAAAAAAUUGAAGAAAAAAUCAAGAAAGCACAAGAGCUCUAUUACAGACAAACCUGAAUCUCUUCAGCGCAAGCAACAAAUUUUUCAAACCAUGAAUCCGUUUCUUGUACGGCUCUCUGCUACUUUGGCUGUUUCUCAAACUGGUGAAUGUCCAUUCCACCAUUCAUCAAAAAUUCGUGAGGACUUGAAUGAAAAUGAGACUGACAAGGAAUCUCAGGAAUCCCGCAAUGUUCCCCUUCCCAAUAUACCUGAUAUUACAAAUCUUGAGCUGUGUCCUUCAUUCCGAGAUUUCAACAUUGUUGGCUGGAGACCAGAAAAUGAUCCUACACCAGUACCUGAUAUACCUCCCCCUCCUACAUUACCCCCGCUCGAUAAUGUGGAUGAUGAUGCUUUUGAUAUGAAUCAAACACCAGAACCUAUACCAGACUUUGAUUGUGGGGGAGGUGGUGGUUUUGAUGGUGGCAUGGAUUCUGAUCAUGAGGAAAUUUAUGCUGCACCAGAGGGUGCUCAAAGAGCUGCAGCCAAACUUGCAAGGCAGCCUGCUCAUGUGGUAGAUUUGAAACAGCAUUUAUCUACAGUUCCUCUUGAGUACUCUUAUUUUCAACAAAGUAUGAUAUCAAUGUGGGCAGGCCCAGCCCAUUGGAAAGUGAAGCCUCUGCGCAAAGAUAAGGAUAAAGAUGUUGCUGUUCACAAAGAAGCAAAGAAGCGAACAAAGAAAGAAAUGGUUAUUUCUUUUGAGGAUACGUCUGAGCUUAGUCAGAAGUAUUUUGGAACUGGCACAAAGAAAUUAAAUAAGAAAACCAUUCAAGGCUGGUGCAUGGAUAAAGUAACAAAUCCUAGGAAUAUUCAUUACGAUGGUUCUCAAAUAACAAGAUUGUUUACUAGGGAAAACAUCACAGUUAAAAUUGAAGGUGAUACACCAACUCCAGAGGUUGAUGAAGGAGUUGGGGAAUACCAAUAUGAUAAUCCUACUGAUAGUACAAACUUCUGUCCCAAUGUGCCUCAAGAAAAUGAUGAUGACGAUGAUAAUGAUAAUGGAGCUGAUGCUGGAGAUGGGGAUGGAAUGAUGCAUGAUGAUGAUGACGAUGUCUUCCAAACUCAAGAUGUACAUAUGGAAGUAGAGGCUCAGGAACAUGAGACAGGAGCGUUUACUGGAGACAAUCUUAUUGCACCUCCAAACAAGGUUGCCAAAUUGUAUAUUCCAUAUCAAAUGAGAGCCAAGAAGAUGGACAUGAAGAAAUUAAAGAGUGCUAUGUGGUCAAUAUUGACAAACUGUCCUGAGGGUAAUUUGGACGAAGCAAGUGCACUAAAGACAGACGAACAGAAAAUGGUGGAUUCAGUUAACUUUAAAUCUCUGUAUGGUACACUCCCUCAUCGUGUGCCUCAAAAAAUGGCCGAAAAUCUGAGUUGUCCUCUAGCUUUUGUUGGGCUCCUUCAUUUAGCAAAUGAGAAAUGCUUGGACAUCAAAGGUGUAAAUGAUAUGAGUGAUCUGAUAAUUCGGCAGGGCUGAUUUUUGUGGUUAGUCCCUCUUAACUCCAUCCAAAAUUUCAAACUCGUCUCCUUACUUUUACUGUAAGCUAUAUCAUAUUAUUUUAUUUUUCUGCUAUUUUAAUGUGCAUGGUAGUUGAACUGAAGCAACUGCAUUAGUUUAUGCUCCACAACUGAACCACAGAGAAUGUAAGAAAUGCUUUGCUGUUGUAUAAUCAUUUCAAAUAAGUGCAAUGUCAUAUUUAUGUUUUCACAUUUUUAUUAAUAUUAGAAAAAAAUAGUGUAUGAACUUAACAUAAAUUGUCAAAACAUAUAAUUUAUUACAUAUUGAAUAAACUGUUUUAUGUGA